AUCACUUGACAACAGCCAAUGCUUUGCGCACCUUCAUCUUCCUGGAAAGUGAUUCAGCUGCUUUUCCCUGACUUUGUUCAUAUAAGGAGACACUUUAAAGGCUCCAGACCAGCACAAGCUUCAGCUGAACAACCAUCUACCAUGGACUCCAGUCUAACCAGAAGCCAGCAGAAAACAAUCUGCUCCCAGCUGGGAAGUGUCAAAUUACGGCUGCUGUACAAGGCCAGCAUCCAUGGUUUCACUGGCCCGGCCUUCCACCAACGAUGUGACAACCGCUGUCCCACAUUGUCUGUGGGCUAUAACGCCUCCGGUUAUGUCUUUGGAGGCUACACCCAACAACCCUUCACUCAGUCUGGACAGUACGUGCACGAUAAUCAGGCCUUUCUUUUCACCUUCAGAGGAGAAAGGCUCGUCAAAUAUCCGGUUACUGGCCCCGCUAAUGCAUUGAGAAUGAUAGCCAACUCUGGUCCAUAUUUUGGAGAAGCGUUCGUUCUUGUUAAUGCAAGCAAAGCAGUUGUCUAUAGCAAUCCAGGAAGUUAUUACAACUUCAGUGCUGCAGAAAUGCAUGGCAACGACCUGAACCUGACUGAGUGUGAAGUCUAUGAAGUCGAGGAGAUCCCAGAAUUUGAGAAGCCAUGGAGGCCGGUGGUGUGGGAAAAUGAGAAGAGGACAGAGCUGAUGGACAGCAUUAAGCUCUACUGCCCCAUGGUCAACUCUGUGUCUCAGGUUCGGGUUCUGCUCAUCGGACCAGUUGGAGCUGGAAAGUCCAGCUUCUUUAAUUCUAUCAACUCUGUGUUUAGAGGCCAUGUCAGCAACCAGGCCAUCGCUGGCAGCUCUACCACCAGCCUCACUACGCAGUUUCGCACCUACUCAGUGAAAGCUGGACGAGGAGGAAAACCUCUGCCAAUCAUCCUGUGUGAUACCAUGGGAUUGGAGGAAAACACAGGGGCGGGGCUUGACACUGAUGAUAUCAUCAGCAUCCUCAAAGGUCAUCUACCAAACAGUUAUCAGUUCAACCCCUCUGCUCCUCUGCAUCACGAAGCCAGCGGCUAUCAGAAGUCCCCAGGUCUCAAGGACAAGAUCCAUUGUGUGGCCUACGUCAUCGAUGCCUGCAAGGUCUCCAUCAUGCCCGAAAAACUGGAGCACAAACUGGAAACUAUCCGCAGAAAGGUCAACUUAAUGGGGAUUCCUCAGCUGGUCCUGAUGACUAAAGUGGAUGAAGCCUGUCCCUUUGUUUCACAGGACAUCAGGAACAUUUAUAGGAGCGGCUACAUCGAGGAACUGAUGCAGGAGGUCAGCGCUCGACUCGGUGUGCCGAUGUCCUGCGUCAUUCCGGUGAAGAACUACAGCAAAGAGUUGGAACUGGACCUGCACUGUGACAUCCUGCUGCUCACUGCCAUUAUCCAGAUGCUUCGUGCUGCCGACAGUUACUUCGAUGACCUCAGUGAACGAUUCAGCAACAUUGAAACCAAAGAAUAGUAAGAAUAAGCACAGCAGAUGUUUAUAAAAUGUUCCUCAAAAUGACCCACCGUCCAGCAGGUCAGAUCCAAGAUGGAAGCCGUGUAGUUGUGACAGGUGGUCAACAUUUAAAAACAGGUACAAACAGUGUAUGUCUCAUUUUUAUUACCUGAAUCAGUUUUGUUGUUGUAUAAUAUAUGUAACUGCCACACAUGGUAUCUUGGGGCCUUUCUCUACUAAUCAAGUUUUUCCUGCCACAUUAGUGCAUGUAUGGAAAGGUUAUACAGCUGAUUACAUAUAUCCAAAUCUGAUUUAACUGAAACUGAGACUUUAUAAUAUUGUAAAGAAUUAUACAAAGCAGUUCAUAUUGACAGUAUUGUUUGAAAGUUUGGAUUUUCUGCCACAAAAGCUCGACUGGCUACAGUCAGAGGAAUGCUCUGUGUGUUUAUAUGGUCUUUUCUUUAUGCUUUUAGGUUGUAGAAAGUCGUCUUUACAAAUACAUGUUAUCCGUACGGAGGGUUUCUUUUUGUCCACAGAACACAAAACAUUGUACAAUCAUUUAACUCUCUUUCUUCUGGUGUUUAAAUGAUCAUGUUUUUUUAUGUAUGUUAAAAAAGCCAUUAUUGAAGGAAAGAUGAAAAACAUAAAUGUAUUAGGUGAUUCCAAACUUUUGAGCAGUGGCGUGUUGCAGUAGCUGCUGAACAUUAUGCAUCCAGAGGCCUGCACUACAAAGCUAGUUCAGCUUACCCAGGAUAUAUUUUCGUUACCUGGCUUGACAAAGCCCUAACAUUGGCCGUCUGGAUAACCGGUACUACAAACCUGGUUAUCAAAUAAUUCCGUCAACUCUGGGUUUUCCUAUCCAGCCAUGAGCGAAAAACUGGCCUGCAACGAGACAGUAAAAUGUCACUGAUGGGGGAUGUAAAUGAUACUCUGUUAUUUUAUAAUGGAAAUAUAGAGAUAUUGAAAAUACUAUCUAAAAAGUCACUGUUGGCUGAGUCUUAAAUUACGUGUAGGUAUCACUGGACUAUAAGUGACAUAGUAUUGAGUAUUUGUUGCCCUUUUGUUGGGUGAUGAUGAAACUACUUUUAAUAUGUUAAGUAAAACACUUUAAAGUGAUGUCAGUGUUUCUGCUACUGCAAUGAAGGGUGGAAAAGUAUCCUAGUGAAUGACUGAUGACGUCUAUCUGACCGAGAAGUUGCAUUUAUAAUAACAGGAGCCAAUUAACAGUGUGGAUUAUUUUACUAAUAAAAUAUUAUCUUUUUUUCAGUUCUCAUGACACAGGUAUGUCAUUAUUUUGAGCUGCAGUGAUGGAAUCAGAGUGUAAAAGUAGCAGCACCGUCACUGUGGACUAAUAUAAACUUUUCACAAGUUAAAAUCCUCCUAAAAUCAUGUGUUUAGUGUUGUAGAGCCUUGGAACAAUGAAAUGACCUUUAACACUAUAUAGGCUCCUCUUUUUUUAACCUGUCACUCCAGACUUUUGUCCAUGGAUACUUUUUUCUUCAGUGAUCUGAUUGGUCAGAGGUAAGGGUGUUGAUAGGCUGUGAUCCGAUACUCUGAAGUUAACCUGCUUUGGAGAAGGUUAGCUGUUUAGCAUCAGUUACCAUGGUGAUUUAUCCUGAUAAAGAGAACCAGCUUCGUAGUAGUGAAUUCCAGAGUCAACCCAGGAGUUACCUUGCUAACUCCAAAUCCUGCUUUGUAGUGGAGGCCUCUGGAAAAGUUUGUACUCUGUAUGUGCUCCACAGACACCAACAGUGCUUGUACCAAACUCUCAUAAAUGUUUUCAGUGUAUUUAUUCCAAUGCCUGUUGUAUUUUUCCAAAAAGCUUUCUACAGUAGUAAGUCUAUUUCUUAACAGUAUUUGACCCCCAGUUUCUCAAGUGUUAGAUAAAACCACAUGUAUUGUUACGUUUCGUGUUGUGCCUCAAGUUGUGUCACUUGACAAUAAGGACAGGAUGUCAUGAAUCUGGAAACUUCCUUUGUAUGUUGUCAAUAAAAGCUCCAAGUGCAUGAACAGAAAAA